AAAAAAUAAGACCAGUAGCCUUGAAAAAAUUAGACAUGCAUCAUUUGAUUUGGAGAGAACAUUUGUGGAGGAAAGCUGGCAAGUUUCAACUUGUUUAGUCAAAGCAACAAAACUGCAAACAUUUCUUUCUCUAUCUUGGUUAGGUUUAGAUUUGAAGGACAAAGAAUGCAAGAAGAUCUUCUCAAACACGACUAGUCUGAGAGUGUUGAGUCUCCACAGUUUUGGAUUGAGAUCUGUCCCUUGUACUAUUUAUAAGCUAAAAUAUCUUAGGUAUCUUGAUCUUUCUAGUAAUUUCAUUGAGAUACUUCCAAACCAGAUUACAAGAUUAGUGAACCCGGAAGUGCUCAGGUUGGAUUGGUAUAGGAAGCUUCUGCAAAUGCCAAUGGACAUUGUAAGGCUGCCUUAUCUUGCAUAUCUUGGACUUUACAAGUGCGAAAGAUUGACACACUUGCCACUUGGAAUCAAGAAUCUCUCUUUCUUGAAAGAAUUGUCUGUUUUCAUAGUGACUGAAUCAGCAAACUCCAGAGCUGCUAGGCUUGGUGAAUUGCAGCAUUUGAACAAUCGGAGCAGAAGUUUGUCUAUUAGAGGGCUGGAAUGGGUGAAGGAUGAGUCUGAAGGGGAGGCGGCUAGUUUGAAGGAGAAACGUCAUCUUUGAAGCUUGACAUUAGCAUGGAACAAAACAAGAGGUGAUGCAGUUAGACAUGAGCGGUUAUUGGUGGUGUUGCAGCCACAUGCCGAAUUGAAAAAGCUAUCGUUGGAAGGUUAUAGAGGAAUGAGCCUUCCGAGAAGGUUCUCUUCUCUCAAGAAUCUGGUUGGUAUCGAGCUGAUUAAGUGUGAGAAACAACUUUCUCUUUCUGCAUUGGAUACUUUUCUUUCUCUGGAAGAACUGACAUUGUAUGGUUUAGACAACUUAGAGUACAUACAGAUUGGGAGAAUACCGUCAUUGUCAUCUUCUAGAUCUCCAUUUCUUCCCUGCCUCAAGUCUAUGAGAAUCACGAGUUGAUGCAACAUGGUCGGCCAAUCAAACACAAAGAUAGAGUUACCUCAGUUACCUUCUCUGAUGAAAUUCACUAUUUGGGGAUGUGCAAAAAUGGUUUCAAUUCCAUUAUUUUUGACACACCUCAAAAGUGUUAUGUUAAAUGGUUCAAGCAGUGAGCUAUUGGUUUAGUUUGCUGCCUCUCUUCCUCCACCCCAUUCAGCUACACAGUCCUCUCUACUCGAAUUACUAGACCUAUGGGACAUAAAAGAUCUACUGGUUUUGCCACAAGGGUUGAUGCCACACCUUGCUUCAGUUGUAUGUCUAUCCAUCACGCGUUGCCCAAACUUAAUUACAAUGUCUUCAUCUAUUUAGCAUCUUGUUUCCCUACAAGAUCUUCAGAUAGCGUAUUGCGAAGAUUUGGAGUUGGAGGACUGCAAUUAUGAGUGUGCUCUUCCCAGCCUCCGUACUUUGUCUCUACGCGGGCUUCGGCAACUGGUGCGUCUACCACAGUGGCUUCAGAAUUCUACAAAUUUGCAGAAGCUGGAGGUAGCGUCUUGUGGCAACCUUGAGCAUUUACCAAGAUGGCUCACAAAGCUCACUGUGUUGGAAUCUUGGAAAGUAGAUGACUCGGGUCAUAUUCUACUAGAUGCAGAAGCAACACAUCCGUGGAUUGGAGGUUUAUUGCUCACAUCCAAAUAUUAGAAUUGAUUUUAGAACAAUCCAACAAGAUGGCAAUUACUUGGGAAUGGAAGAAAAUGAUGAUGAAGAGGAAGAAGAAGCAGCAUCUGCUCGCACCUACUUCUCAAGAGAUGUUUCCUCUGCCAGCUACCCUGACAUUGCUCCCUUUAUCUCAGUUCAUAGCAUACAAGGUUGCCACUACCAAAGAGUAGUUCAGUUGGAGGCGGGAGAUAGCUUUGUGGGUCGCAUAUAUAGGGAUCACCCUUCUCAGUCUCUUUGUGCUACAGUUUAAUGAAUACAUGUUCCUGGUUUGUAACAGUUCAAUUUGGUCAUUUCUUCCUCUCCAAUUGUUGUCUUAAAAAAAAUUUCCCGCCUUUGUAAGAAAAGUAACGCAAAUGAAAUAAACCUUUGGAAGAAACCAGCUACUGAAUUUUUGGAUGCUUGCUUGAAAAAUAGUGAUAUCAAAAGAUCUCUGGCUGUUAUGAAGGAUUGCAUUGAAAUACGAAAAGGCCUCUUUUAAAUUAGAACAUUAGCAGUAAAAUACUCUCUUGUAAAUACUCUUUAAAAGUAAUCACAAAACUUAGGUAGAUUGGAUUCAAUGGAUUAAUUCUAAACCGAAACCUCCUCAAAGCAGAGCAGACACAUCUGUUCAUAACUUCCCAAGCUAAACAUGCCCGGGCAGUCUUAUAUCCGUCUCUUUAAUUUUUCAGGAGUGAUAGUAAUGCAUGGAUAAUAGUUGUCUCUUCCAUCAUCCAUGAUUUGAAACAUCUUUGGUAUCUUGAUCUUUCUUAUAAUUGCAUGAUAAUGUUUUCAGAUAGGAUAACAAGACUAGUGAACUUGCUAGUGCUUGUGCUGGAUGGGUGUCCCAACCUUAAACAAUAUCCAAGAACACAUGAGAGCUUCACAAUCUUUUGCAUCUUAGGCAUGGACCAGUGUGAAGGAUUGAGAUGCAUGCCCCAUGGGAUUGGGAAACUUAAUUGCCUAAGAGGGCUAUCUGUGUUUCUCGUGGAGAACACAACUGACCCCAGAGCAGCUAGAAUUAGUGAACUGAAGCAUUUGAAAAAUCUAACUGGAGAGGACGCUGCCAAUUUAAAGGGUAAACAUAAUAUUCUAAGCCUAGUUUGAGUGGAGCAAUAGAAUUAGUUGUACCACUAAUACUGCUAGAGAUGAAAGGUUAUAGGAGGCAAUGCAACCUCCUGAUAAUUUGAAGGUGCUAAUGAUGAUGGGGUAGUGAGAAUUGAAUGCCACAUUUUGGCCUUCCGAUCCUCUGUUCCUUGUGUUUGGCAGAGCUUCCAAAGUUUGUAACUCUACCGGAGUGGCUUAAGCAUUUCUCAAAUUUAUAGAAUUUGUACUUUACUUUUGUUACAGUGUAACGCCCCUGGUUGGAUUGGAUCCUUCCGGCUAGUAAGCAAAGAGAAAGAGACUGUGCUAGCUAUCAUGACAUUGCACCCUCCUUCAUCUCGGUUCAAGAAUGUACUUUCUGAUGCUAAUCUAAUGAAGCAUACAUUAGUUGCUGCUUGCCAAGGUGAUCACUUCUCAUCUACUACUCUCCUGUCAUGAAUGAACAAUCCAAGCAUGUUGCCAUUGAUGGAAGAAUUUUCAUUUUUAUUCUUGUUGUCAGGAAUGAACUAUCCAAGAAUGUAGUUAUUGAUGGAAGAGUUGUCAUUUUUAUUCUGGUUCCUGCUCUGUGGAACAGAGUGGCCCAGUUUCUUAGAUUGGGCGUGGAAGCUAGGUUUUUAGGUCACCUUACCUCAGUUUCUUAUGCUAUGGUUUCUGCACAUCACAUGGAUCAUUUUCCUGAGUGUUAUGUAACGGUUCAAGACGGGUCUUUUACUCUUCAGCUAUAAGGAAAAAAAUAUAAGGUUCCCUUUGGAGGGGACCUUCUAGUUACAACUCUGGUCUUUUGCUUGAGAACAGUUACAACAAAAGGUUCUCUGGUUCUUUAACUGUUAGUGAAUAUUGGUGGAAUGAGAAUGUUGUAGUGAUGAUUUGUGGUUCUUUCCUUCCCCAUCUCAGAAUCUCUUUUUGAAUAAAGAAACUGAAUGCUUAGGUCAAGCCCACUUGCUGAUGCCUUUCUUGAACUCUUCAAACCGUGUAAUAAACUAACUAAAAUGCCCAACAUUUUUUUUGCGUCUGAACUGUAAAUUAAUAUAGACAACAACGGUAA